AAGAAAAACCGGCGGGCCGCAACAGAUCUGGGGACACUCCAUUGUUAUAAGCGCUACUACUACCUAUCAAGGGAGAUACGAAAACCCCGACAGUGGGAAAAAAAGAGAAUUCGGCGACCCAAUUGGCAGCUAUGCAGCCAGCAAGCAAGCAAGCAACGUGCGGUGAUAACAGACAGAUUAAGUCCGGUGAUGAGUUUUUGCAACCGCAGUCCAUGAUUGUGUACUUCUUAUUGGCUGCAGAGUGGUGGAGUGACUGUUUCCAGGCAAGAGGUGGAGAUGCGUUGCACCCGAGGCGGCCUGGGCCGAGGCGACGCUGGCCGAAACAGGCUAGAAACCGGGAAAUGAUAAGAGUCUGCGUUGUUGCGGUGACUGCUGGCUGCGUUGGUCAUAUGUACGUCGAUAUGAUCGAAGGUUGCGGGUGGACCAAGUGAUAAGGGAGAGCGAAAGCAAUGAGUCGCAAACAGGGAAUUGGAAAGGCUGGAGAAAUGGCCGGAUCGAAGCAUUCUGGAUGAAUACGGCUAUUCGGAACUCGGCACCACGUCACGUGGUUUAUUCUCCGCCUGU